CUGUGAUUCUGUGGUUCACUCAGAUAAAAAUGGAAUGGCUCUUGUGUUGUGAUUUGUGAGAUUAUCAAAUAAAUCCAAUAAUUCAGUCGUCAAGACAAAGUUUUUUUAAGUGAGAUGAUAAAAACAUUCAACAUCACGAAUGUGUAUGGAAAUGAAUUUACAAACUUUAUUUCAGGAUUUUAAUCCUAGCAAAUUCGUGGUGCACAGCUGUUUACUAAUAUUUACAGCAUUAUUAGCUUUAAAGUUAGAUAACUCGAUAACAUGGUCUUACUGGGCCGUGUUUACGCCAAUAUGGGUGUGGAAAUUCCUAGUAGUUCUUGGAGCCACAGUUGGCACAUAUGUUUGGUGGCAGUACCCUCACUUCAGGUUGGAGGGUGAGGCGUACAUUCACUACAAAGCUAUGCUCAUAAGUCUUGCCAUUCACCUUAUACUGCUGAUGUUUGAGUUACUCGUCUGUGACCAGUUGACCACGGGCCGCCAUGUCUGGAUACUGGUCUUUAUACCACUUAUCUUUAUAAGCAUAGUCUCCAUUGCCAUCUGUAUAUGGUCUGUGAAACAUGACCGCAGCUAUGAGUUGGAACUAUUUUGUGCUGUAAAUAUACUCCAGUUCAUAUUCCUAGCGCUGAAGUUGGACGAGUUCAUCAGCUGGUCGUGGGAGGUGGUGUUUGUGCCUCUGUGGAUAUUGAUGUGCCUCAGUCUUGUAGGGGUCCUGUACAGCAUAAUAUUCGCUGGGAUCCUACUCCGCACGCCCGAGGUGAACAUUCAGCAGCGACGGACUAGUUUCAACUCGGCUCUCGCUUACACAUUCACGGUCAUACCUAUAUUGGUGUUCCAGGUGCUAUUAACAAACAGGUUGGACGAUGGACUUCCACUAUCAUACACGGUGGUCGUCAGCCCGCUGUUCGUCAGCUAUGCGACCCUUAUCAUCAUGUCGUUUAGCUCCAAAGGCGGUAAUAAAUGGUGGUUUGGUAUCAGAAAAGAUUUCUGCCAGUUCCUUCUAUCAGUAUUCCCAUUGCUGCAAGAGUAUGCAAAUAUCGCGUACAAUAAUAAUGCGAAUAGAGGUGCCAACGUGGUGCCCAGCGAACCACCAGAGCCUUACCGCGACGAGGAAACUCACAAGAAGGUCAAAGAGAGCAAAAAGUCACAGAAAAAUCAAAAGAAGAAUGAAUUCAUGAAACCAGUAGUGCCUAUUACGAGUAUAGACAUGCCAGAUUGAUGCUUAGCUUGGUAAGUGCUGAAAUGUGUGUUCACUCGUUAGACGAUACCUUCUGUAAUCGGGCUUCUAAAUAUGACAAUGAAGCAAUAUUAAACAUUGUUAAGUUUGAUAUUAGGGCUAAGCUACACGUUCCGUGUUUAGGUUAAAUUAGAAAAAAGAUAUUACAUUGUGUACAUUAUUUUUUAUUGUUAUUUCUAUGUAGGCUAAUUCAUUGAUGUUUAUUAUAGUACAGUUUAUUUGUUGCUAUGUUUCAACCGGCCUUAUUAAGUUUUGUGUCGUUUAAUUGCCCUACAUUCAAGUUUUUGUAAUACCAAAUACCAACCGUUAUUUUACUCUUACAUGUUUCCGGAUCAAUAAAAUAAGAUUUUACAUAGACAAUACUGAAUAUUGAUGAAUUAUUUUGGUAUAGUAUUUUUUUGCAACAUGAUGUAAAAGUGAUAAAAUUUUAAAGUAUUUUUAUAGGAGGUACCUGUGAAUUAAUCUCUUAUUUAAUGAAGUGGCUUUAGUAUUAAACCUGGCAGGUAAUGGUGAUAAUUGUUAGUCAUAUCAAAAUAAGCAAUCUUGCUGUGUAGCGUCUAGUAUUGUUGGUUCUCGUCACAUUUACGUCUUCUAUCAUAUUAUCCAAGUUUUAAAUCAUAUUUUGCCAUUAUUUUUUAGAUGCUAAAAUAUCAAGUCUCAACUUUUAGGCGUACGAAUUAAUAUUUAUUUCGCAAUUAUGUGCUUAGGUAAAUUUUUGUAGGUUUAAUUUUAUUUUUAACUGAUGGGCAUGGAAAUAUACUUAACAAUGUAAGCGGACGAUUUGUCGUUAUGACAAUACAUAAUAUAAGAUUUAUCAUUCAACUGGUCCUAGAAAAUAACUAGAACAAAAAAGUAAAAUAGCAUGACUACAAAUUGACGGUGAAAGUUUUUUAGAGUUCAUAUAUCCCAUAUAGCCACUAUCGUUAAAAAUAUUCGGCGUUUACCAGAUAGCCUAUUUCUGAGUAGUAAAUUAAAUAGCGAAUUUAACAAAAAAUAUAAACUUAGCAAUAAUAAUAAAGAGAUUGAAUUUGAAUUUUGAAUUUUCCUAAACUUGUAAACGCUCUUACUUCUUAUUGCGUUAAAUAAAAAAGUUAUCAAAGGCUAUGCGGCAUGGUAGGGUAUUAUUGACUUAACAUGACGGUAAACGUCACAAAUAUUGCUACGUCAUAAGGCUUUAAUGACAACUCAAUUUUUUUUUAGUAUGCACUAGUUGACCAUAAAUCUGAUGCCAUUACUUUUUUUAUUGUGCUUUACUUUUGAUUUGGGCUUAGCUGUCCCGUAUUUGUAUGAACUCAUCAAGUUUUAAAUGGACCUAGGUCUAAAAUAAUGCUUCAAUAAUGCAAUUUUAAAUCAUCUCAAAGUUUUAGUCUUUGUGUUGGGUGACUUGGUUCACUUUGAGUGUUUCAAGGUGCAAAAUUGUCUUAUUCUUGCCAGAUUUUAAUUGUGACUAAGGCUAGAAACAAAAGCACAAAUGAUUAUUCUAGCUCAACAUUCAACAUUCUACCUAAAAUACAGAUAAAUUCUACCUAUAAUAAAAUCGAAGUGAUUAGCGGGAAAAUACUCUGCCUCACAGAAUUUUAAGCGGAUUCUAAAACUGAUUGAAAAUUAUUGUGAACUCUAAGAAGCCUGAUAGAUCAAGUAAGGAAUUAAAUGCUAUCUUCCAGACAACCUUUUAAUGGAAAGGGCUGAUUUAAUCGCUAAGUAAAUUCGUGACAAAAAUAAACAGAGAAAGUAUUGCAAUUUGUGGGAUCUCGAAUUUAUCAAAUUAUUCAUUUAAAACAAAAUAAUGUGUGUUAUCAUUAUUUCUGUAGUCGUACUAACUCUGAUUUUUAACGUAUUGAGUAAAAGUACCAAUACAUUGUAUGAUAUCUUGUCAGACAUACACUAAUAAAGAAUUUAUAUAGCGUUAAAUUGAUAAAAAAUACAAAAAAAAAAAAAACAUAUCUUUUCAUGAAGGAAUUGCUAUAAAUAACGUAGUAUUAUAACUGAUAUUUAUCAGUUAGCAUCUUAAAGUGUUAUAUUAUUUGUAAUUCAAUAACAAAAAUUCCUUGAUGUCUCUAAAUAGUAAAUGCGAACUACAUGACCGGUUCAAAAGUACAAGUAACGUGAUAAAAACCCAUCUGUGUUGUAUGAAAAAUGUCAUAAUAUUUUCACUCUGUGGCGUUAGUGACACCCAGAAUGGUACCGCUCACGCACCACUCUAUGAUUUAUUGCCGCCAAGCUUUUGUUUUUUUUUUCGGCCAAAAGGGUAUGUUUAUGAGAAAAAAAAUUUUGAUCGUAUCAGAGAAAAAGUAAAUAAAUAAAAAUGUGCUAAUAUAAAAAAAAAGUCUCUGAUAAAAUAACACCAAGUAAUAAGUAAGAAGGAAAUUAACCCAAGCCGAUCGUAGCGUGUCUGACAAGAAUAACACUGAAUUAUGUGUAAUGUAUACUUAUUUCCAAAUUCAGGAAGAAAUAAACCAUUUUCAAAGAAAUAAAAAUGUCUGUCUUGCCGCGUCAAUGAAAAGCUGAAGUAUUUUGUACUAAAAGCUUCAUGUACUAACUUUGUACCUAAUGAAAUAACAUAAACUCUUUUGCAAAAAAAGCGGGCACCUAUGCGAAAUCUGAGUUUUAAGGACUUUACGUGUAUUUCAAAGGGUUUUAAUGAUUGGAGUAUGUUUCUAGCAUCAAAAGGGUUAGCCAAGCAUGCGUGAGAGUGUAUUCUAAAUUUGAAUUUUGUACAAUUGCAAAGAAAUUGGUUAAAGCUUGUUUUGGACUAAUUGCUGGCAGAAAGUUCGUCGGGGUUUUGAAAAGUUUUUGAAGUCAUUUUCAGAAAACUGAUAAUGCAGUUUUAAUAAAUGAUUAAUGUACCUUUUUGUUAGAUCAAAACAUUUUUGAAAAACUAUGCGUAUUUGAUAAAAUUUUCACCUGCUCUAAAUGGGCUAUACUGAUGAUUGAUGGCGAUGUUAAGAGCUUCGGUAUUUUAGUGUAAAGCAUUCUACUGUUUAGAUAUUGUACCCACGUGUUUUAAAAUAUCGCUUUUUCAUAAUUAAACACUAUUUAGAGGAGAAUCAGUACAUUGGGCUGCGACAAAACCAAUUUAAAGUAAGCAGUGCCGAUCACAACUCGUCUCCUUUCGGACUUUGACAUUUUUAAAAGUCUUGAAAUUCUACAAAAUACAGAAAAUAGCGCAUGGACUGUAAGCACGAGGUCUUAAGGUCUCGUAAUCACUGAUUUUCAAAGACCUCGUCUCUUGGGAAACUCCGUAGACCUCCGAAGAUCUGUGAGUCUGAGCGUUCAAAUAGCGUGUUUUCUACUCCACAUCAUUUUUCACGUGGUUAAUUUUAACAUUUGUCACAAAAUUUGAUAUUUUUUAAAUGUCAAAGUCCGAAAGGAGACGACUUGUGAUCGUGCCGAUCACAAGUCUUACUUUAAAUUUGUUUUGUCGCAGCCCAAUGUACUGAUACUCCUCUAAAUAGUGUUUAAUUAUGAAAAAGCGAUAUUUUAAAACACGUGGGUACAAUAUCUAAACAGGAGAAUGCUUUACACUAAAAUACCGAAGCUCUUAACAUUGCCAUCAAUCAUCAGUAUAGCCCAUUUAGAGCAGGUGAAAAUUUUAUCAAAUACACAUAGUUUUUCAAAAAUGUUUUGAUCUAACAAAAAGGUACAUUAAUCAUUUAUUAAAACUGCAUUAUCAGUUUUCUGAAAAUGACUUCAAAAACUUUUCAAAACACCGACGAACUUUCUGCCAGCAAUUAGUCCAAAACAAGGAUUAACCAAUUUCUUAGCAAUGAGGGUUUUCUCUCCUUUUUCUGCCACCGGGCGGCGCCACGUAUGCGUCUGGUCCAAACAGCUGUCAAAUAGUAUGGAAUUGUAGGGUCCGAACUUAUUGUUUAUUGAAAUUCUGUUAUAUUGAAAGUGUUAUUGAUUUUAUUAUGGACUACGGUCAGAAUAAGCUUUCCGGACUAAAAAUUGAGCUUAGAAAGAGGGGUGCAAAAGUCACUGGUACUAAGGAAAAGCUCGUUGAAAGGUAAAUAACGUAAUGUACUAGAAUUUGUUUACAAAAUAUGAUUUAGUUUUUUAUCUUCUCAACCGCAAUUGUAAAACAAUAAUGCAGUGCUUUAAUUAUAAAAUAAAAAAUCAGUAAAAUCGUUCACUUUUCAUAGUAAAGAUAAGCACUUUGACAGUUACCUGGACCUGACGCUCCAGUGCUGCCACCUCGUGGACGCCAUUUUAGAAAACCCUCAUUGUACAAAAUUCAAAUUUAGAAUACACUCUCACGUAUGCUUGGCUAACCCUUUUGAUGCUAGAAACAUACUACAAUCAUUAAAACCCUUAGAAAUACACGUAAAGUCUUUAAAACUAAGAUUUCGCAUAGGUGCCCGCUUUUUUUGCAAAAGAGUGUAGUUACAUGAAAUAACCUUUAUGCUGUACGUACAGGGCUAUCUAUAAAUUAUGUUACUGUGAUACUCUCUUCCUAUGAUGUCGCAAUACGCAAUAUCGUUCGAACAAUUACCUGAAUAUUUUGUUAAUAAUAAUGUUUGUUUAUAUUGUUUCGCAAAUUAUUAAAAAUACUUAUCAACUGUA